UCGAGGUGGGGUUUCCCCCGCGAGGCGGUGUGCAAUAUAAAACACCCCUCGUCUCCUUAUCGGGUAGCUCAGUGUCAACGACCCCGCGUUGUGCCAUACCUUACCACGUCAACAAAUCCAUAUUUCUCUCCCUUUCCAACUACAACACAAAAAUUCACCAUGGCUUCCCAAGACGACCAUGACACUCUCCCCGAGGAGACCGCGGGCUUCAAGGUCGGCCAGAAGAAGACGCUGAAUGAGAUCCAGAACAUGGAUGCCGAGGAUGAGUCCCUCCAACGCUACAAGGCCUCCCUUGGUCUCUCCACAGGCCCAACCAUCUCCGAUCCGUCCGACCCCCGCCAAUGCAUCAUUCUCUCCUUGACGAUGGAUUCCGAGGGCCGCCCACCGGUCACAAUUGAUCUUUCCCAGAAGGGUGCUGAGUCUACCCUGAAGGACAAGCCGUUCAAGAUCAAGGAGGGCUCCAAGUUCACCAUGAUUGCCAAGUUCAAGGUGCAACACGAGGUCCUGUCGGGUCUGCAGUAUGUGCAGAUUGUGAAGAGGAAGGGCAUCAGGGUCAGCAAAGACCAAGAGAUGAUUGGAAGCUACCCACCUAAUACCCAGGACAAGCAGUUCUACGAGAAGAGAUUUGCUGAGGAAGACGCACCAUCCGGCAUGCUUGCCAGAGGCCACUACACCGCCAUUUCCACCUUUGUCGACGACGACAAGAACAAGCAUCUGGAAUUCGAGUGGAGCUUCGACAUCGCUAAGGACUGGUGAACAUAGCUUCAAACCUAUCGUUCAAUGACAUGACAAAAAAUAGGAAAGACAGAUUGAAAGACGGCGCAUAGAUUCCAGAGAUACGGCGGUUUCAAAAGAUAUAAGCGGGUGGAUUUGGCUUUUGAGCGCUGAAGAGCUGGCAUUUACUGUGGCGAGGCCGAUUGGCUGAUGCCAUCACACAAUACUGAAUAAACUUAUAAGAGAGUAUGGAAAUGGC